AUGUCGUCUCUGCGCAACGCCGUGAAGCGCAGGACGCACAAGGAGCGCUCGCAGCCGGCGGAGCGGCGCAAGUUCGGCCUCCUCGAGAAGAAGAAGGACUACAUCCUCCGCGCGCGCGAUUUCCACAAGAAGGAGGAUGCGCUCAAGGUUCUGCGGAAGAAGGCGGCCAACAGGAAUCCCGAUGAGUUCUACUUCGCCAUGCAGAAGCAGCGCACCAACGACGGGGUCCACAUCGCCAACGAGGACUUGUCCAACAAGUACACCCAGGACGAGCUCCACCUCAUGAAGACCCAAGAUGUCAAGUACGUCGCCAUGAAGGCGUCGAUGGAGGCGAAGAAGGUGGAGAAGCUGAGGGCGACGCUGCACAUGAUCGGGGACGUGCCCGGGGAAGAUGACGCCAUGGAUGACGACGACGACGAGUUCGACGCGCGAAGGGCGUUCGGGUCGGGCGGGAAGAAACAGGAGCGGAUCGACCCGAAGGUGAUGAAAAAGAUUGAAAAGAAGCGCAGGGUGGCGUAUCAGGAGCUGAAGGAGCGGGAGCAUCGCGCCGCGCGUCUGAAGCGCAUGGCGCUGGAGAUGGCGUAUCAGAAGGAGGUGUCGCACGCCAGGGGGCACAAGCGCAAGCUGAAACCCGGUAAGAACGAGGAGGAGGUGCUGCCCGGUCUCGCUCAUCUGCAAAAGCCUCCGCCUGUGUUCAAGUGGAAGAAGGAGAGGAAGAAGUGA